AGUAAACAAACUCAAUUAACCACAAUACAACACAAGCUUGUUGUUUCCUACUGCGGAAUAUUUGUUAUGAGGUAGUUUUCUAUAGAAUUAUUGUCACAUUGAUGAGUAAAAAUCUGAAAAGCUUAUGAAAAACUGAUAUUCAAUUUCUUCAAGAUAAAAUGUAUGGUGCUGAUAUCAUAAACAAGAUUAAGGCAAGCAAGGUUUCGUGUGAAUCUCUGCAUUUUUUUCAAAAAGAAGAUUUUACGUCUAUGGGUAUAGCUUUGGCAAAUUAUUACCUUAUGCCGGAAAAGUUUUCCAUUAACCAAAAAAAUGAGCUUCAAAGAGCUUCUGUUUUAAAGUCAUUCAUGUUGCUUUCCAAGCGAAAUAAAACAUCAAACACAAAGCUGAUUAGAUCAAAGACCGAAAUGAUAACUGAAGCACGAUAUAAGCAAGUCAGAGAGUCAUCUGGUGAAGGAAGGAGAGCAAAAGUUCUGAAACUUUCCUCAAGUUAUGAAGAAACUUUAAAUGUAGCAAAAAACUUCUUUUUUCAUCUCUCAGGCUCAUCUUUGCUAAGUAGGUGUAAAUGGUUUUUUUAGUUUUUUAGCUGACGAAGAUUAUAUUUUGGAAUGUUUUUUGUACAACUUGAGUAAUUCAAAUGUUUUUUAAAAAAAUUUGGUGUCAUGCCUUAUUAUUUUUAGGGAAUUUAUAUACGGGGACAUUUAAACAACAGAUAAUAAUAUACAAGAUUUAUUCCUUUUUCUAUCAAGACUGUUACACUUUUAUACGUCGUUCU